AUGAGAGGAAGGGGAGAAGAAGCAGAAGAGUCAAGGAUUCCACUGUUGGAAAGCUCUAACACUGCGGAAGCAGACGUUAGAGGACUGAAGAAGAGAGUUUGGGUUGAGACAAAGAAGUUAUGGCAAAUCGUUGGCCCUGCGAUAUUCACUAGAUUAUCAGCAUACUCGAUGCUUGUAAUCACUCAAGCUUUCGCUGGUCAUCUCGGAGACCUCGAACUAGCCGCAAUAUCCAUCGUUAAUAACGUCAUCGUUGGCUUCAACUUCGGCCUCUUACUUGGGAUGGCGAGUGCGUUGGAAACGCUGUGUGGACAAGCGUUUGGAGCAAAGAAGUAUUACAUGUUAGGAGUUUAUAUGCAACGUUCUUGGAUUGUUCUCUUCUUUUGUUGUCUCUUGUUAUUACCCACUUAUCUUUUCACAACUCCAGUUCUCAAAUUUAUCGGUCAACCAGACGAUAUAGCUGAGCUUUCUGGCGUCGUGUCUGUAUGGGCCAUCCCUCUUCAUUUCGCUUACCCUCUGUCCUUCCCCCUUCAACGUUUCCUCCAGUGUCAGCUCAAAAACCAUGUGCCUGCGUAUGCGGCUGCGGUUUCAUUAGUGGUUCACUUUUUAGUGAGUUGGUUGUUCGUAGAUGGGCUUAAACUCGGAGUAGUUGGCAUUAUGGUUACUGUUAGCAUCUCUUGGUGGGUCAACGUUCUUAUUAUAUUAGCUUACGCCGUUUGUGGCGGCUGUCCCCUCACUUGGACAGGCUUCUCUUCCGAAGCCUUCACCGGGCUUUGGGAGUUUCUCAAACUCUCCGCUUCUUCCGGCGUCAUGCUUUGUUUAGAAAAUUGGUAUUACCGGAUUUUGAUUCUAAUGACUGGAAAUCUUCAGAAUGCUCGAAUAGCCGUUGACUCUUUGUCUAUAUGCAUGUCGAUAAAUGGAUGGGAGAUGAUGAUUCCCCUUGCUUUCUUCGCCGGAACCGGGCAGGAGAGUUACGACACGGACGACUUGAUCUUCAGUAUAGCUUCGAGAUGGGGCAUGAACUGGUUUUUUUAGAAUCGUAUAAAAAAAGAAAUCAGAGAUUUACAUAUAAAUCUGAUGAGCCCGAGCACGAGUUCGUCAUGGCAGAGGACCAUGUCAGCGAUGGGAUUCCGGUUGAACUGGUUUUUAGGCGAAAACGGAUCCUCCACCGAAGCUUGAGAAAAACCAUAAACGUAGUGAUUUAGUUUUGUAAUAUAAAAAAGACUUUGAUUUGACCAUUUCAGGUAAAAAUGCAUAAAAAAAUACGAGAACGAAAAUAAGAAGAUUGGAAGAUGAAAGAGAAGUGGGUCCUAUUACUUUAUACUUUUUAGUUGGUUUAGUUGAAAACAGAUGGAAUAAGUUAGAAAAAACUACUCUAGGAGCAUAAACUGUCUUUUCUUGAAAUAAAAAACUCAAAACUGUCUUUGAGUGAUAUAUUUUCUUUAUUAUAUCAUUUGCUUUAUUUGGUCGUUACAUGGAGCCC